GGGUAUCACAUACAAAUAUACUUCCAACUGCCCUUGACCUAUCUGCCAGCUGGACUGAUGGAUUGAUAACAACGUCCGAGGUUGCCAGUGCGUGGGCAUCGCUGUGCUGAGUGCGUUGGUCUGUAUUUUUGAACUCAGCAGGCAGAGCCUCAUAGGCCUCACUUCCGCGGCGCAACACCGCUCCGAUACCACCUUAAAUGCCUUCUCCAAGUGCCACUUCGAUACAUUUUCACAGCAUUGAUUAUCGUCGCCCGUCGAUAUCAACGUGGAUCACUCAGAUCUUCCAAGGUCUAAGUUGAGGGAUAUUCUCAGACCCAUUUUUAUCGUCUUUUCUCUUGCCAAAUAUCGCAGCACUACUAUAUCCACUUCUUUCGGGACGUGCUGAACUGUAGAGGACAUGUCAGUCACUACAUGUAUUCGGAUCUUAUCUGUCAAUCUAUCAAGUAUAUAAGACACGAAUGUCAGGGGAAGAGAAAGUUCCGGCUCGGAGCCACAUAGGAGAAGGUAUGUCUGACUACUAUCUUCGAAAAAUUCCUGUCAACGCAGUGGUGGAAACAUUGCAAAUCGCACGUGCUCUCCUAUACGACCGAAUUACCUCCACAACUCAACUCGGAAUGCACGGUAACCUCUUGAGUAAAGUGAAACAACGUCUUUCUUCUCCGUGAUCAUCAAUCCAAUUGUAUGAACCUGCUUCCUAUCCACUCCG